ACAGAUGUUUUUGUGCUUACGCCAGAUUUGUAAAGAUUAUUGCGUGUAGACACAAAAUUGUAUAAAUAAUAGAAAAUUUGUACUAAGGUGUAAAUAAAUAAUUAAAAAUGGAAAAAAAGGCAGAUGGAACUGAUGAUAAUGUUUCUCCACCUAAACAAGCUAAGACAGAUUUUUCUUCUGCCUUUAGCGAACUGAAGAAGUCAGAAUUUUUUAAGGAAGAAUUGCCCGGCCCCUCUAAAUCUAAGGAUUCUACAAAAUACAGUAAUACACUGUUAGUUAGUUUAAAACAAAAAGGAAAUCCAUUGCUGAAAUUCUUAUCAAAUGUUCUCUGGGAAUAUUCAGAAAUUGUACCAGAUUACAUUAUGGGUAAAACUACUUGUGCCCUGUUCUUAUCGAUACGUUACCAUCAACUGAAUCCUGAUUAUAUCCAUGAACGUUUAAAGACACUGGGAAGCGCAUUCAACUUGAGAGUUCUCCUAGUUCAGGUAGAUGUGCCUGAACCUCAGCACGCUCUGAAACAUUUAACUAGGAUUUGUAUUCUUGCUGAUUUGACAUUAAUGCUGGCAUGGAAUGCAGAGGAUGCCGGCAAAAUUAUUGAAACCUAUAAGAUUUAUGAGAAUAAACCACCUGAUGCAAUUAUGGAUCGCAGUGAUACAGCACCAUAUCAGAAAUUAAGUAAUGCCUUGACAACAAUUAGAUCGGUGAAUAAGACAGAUGUCGUAACUCUCUUAUCAACAUUCGGAACAUUGAAAGAAAUAAUAAAAGCAGGACCAAAUAAGCUAGCCCUUUGUCCUGGUAUUGGAUUACAAAAAGCAGAAAGAAUUCACAAAACUUUGCACGAAUCAUUUUUGUAUUCAAAGCCGGUGAAGCAGUAGGAAUAGGAGGUCCAUAAUAAUAUGUCAAUUGAAACUUAUUUAUAGAUGUAUAUAUGUACAUAAGAAUGUUUUCAUAUUGUGUGAGA